AUGGUUUCAAUUAAAUCGCCGUCUCUGGUGCCGGUGUCCCGCGCACAGGCUCUGCUCUGCGUGCUCUGCCUGGCUGUCGCAUUCCUCGCCUUCCUGCUGGUCCGUCAGCUCGUCAAACAGAGACGUCCCCCGGGCUUUCCUCCCGGUCCAUCUCCCAUCCCCGUGAUAGGGAACAUCCUGUCUCUGGCCACGGAGCCGCACGUCUUCCUCAAGAAGCAGAGCGAGGUUCACGGACAGAUCUUCAGUAUAGACCUAGGAGGCAUCUUGACUGUAGUGUUAAAUGGAUAUGACUGCGUCAGAGAAUGCCUCUACCAUCAGAGCGAGGUGUUUGCUGAUCGUCCGUCGCUGCCCUUAUUCAAGAAAAUGACCAAAAUGGGCGGGCUUCUCAACUGUAAAUACGGCAGAGGCUGGAUUGAACACCGCAAACUGGCCAGCAACUCUUUCCGUUACUUCGGCAGCGGCCAGAGACUGUUCGAGAGGAAGAUCUCCGAGGAGUGCAUGUUCUUCGUCGAUGCCAUCGACGAACACAAGGGAAAGCCCUUCAACCCCAAACACCUGGUGACCAAUGCCGUGUCCAACAUCACCAACCUGAUCAUCUUCGGACAGCGCUUCACUUACGACGACCGCAACUUCCAGCACAUGAUCGAGAUAUUCAGCGAGAACGUGGAGCUGGCGGUGAGCGGCUGGGCUCUCCUCUACAACGCCUUCCCUUGGAUCGAGUACGUCCCCUUUGGAAAACACCAGAAGCUGUUCCGAAACGCUGCAGAGGUGUACGACUUCUUGCUGGAGGUCAUCAAGGGCUUUUCAAAGGGCAGGGUGCCACACGUGCCUCGCCACUAUGUGGAUGCCUACUUGGACGAGCUGGAGCAGAACGCAGGAGACCCCAGCUCCUCUUAUUCCUAUGAGAACCUCAUCUACUCAGUGGGUGAGCUCAUUAUUGCUGGCACAGAAACCACGACUAACACCCUGCGCUGGACCAUGCUGUACAUGGCCCUCUACCCCAACAUACAAGAGAAAGUGCACAGGGAGAUCGACAGUGUGCUGCCCAACGGGAGAGCACCCACUUUGGAGGACAAACAGAGGAUGCCGUAUGUGGAGGCCGUCCUGCACGAGGUCCUUCGCUUCUGCAACAUCGUCCCGCUUGGAAUUUUCCGCGCCACCUCCCAGGAUGCAAACGUCAACGGGUACGCCAUUCCCAAAGGCACCAUGGUGAUCACGAACCUCUACUCGGUGCACUUCGAUGAGAAGUACUGGAACGAUCCGGGAGUUUUCUUACCGGAGAGGUUCCUGGACAGCAACGGCAACUUUGUGCGGCGCGAGGCCUUCCUGCCGUUCUCAUUAGGGAGGCGUCACUGUCUGGGUGAACAGCUGGCCAGGAUGGAGAUGUUCCUCUUCUUCACCACUCUGUUGCAGAGGUUUCACCUUCAAUUCCCACCAGGAACCAUUCCAACUGUCACUCCCAAGCUGGGCAUGACCUUGCAGCCCAAACCUUACUCCAUCUGUGCAGUCCGCAGGCAGCAGAGAAGCCCCAGCUCUGGAGACACUCCUUAUCACAAGUAGGGUGAGCAAGCGAUCAUGCAACAACGUGAUGCAGGUGCAUAAAACUUUUAUCACACUGGGUUUGUAUUGUCCAGUUAUGGUGCAUGGCAGUUUUACCAAAGGACUCUCAGUGGCAAAUGUAGCUCUUUACAUAUGGACAUGUGAUUCCAGUUACUAUCAAAUUAUUUUCUUAGCAAUAUGCAUGUUUGCACAAUCCUUUUCAGCAGCAGGGCAGGUGAAAGUCUGUCGCUGAAAGGACAUCCUGGGAACCAAAGUGUGCUAUUGAUUCAGUUCUCUGUAGCUCAGAGUUACUCCGAGCCCAGACACUGAAAUGUCUAUGAACCUUGGUGCAGGACAUGAUGGGUUAGGUAUGUGUCAAUGAUUAAUAGUAAGUACACCUAUGAUGGAUCAUAGCCCUACCUUCUCAGGGCAGCUUCAGGCCAGACAAAUGACACCACUGGAUCGUACGUGUGCAGCAAAAUCGGGCUUUCUGAGAAAGCUCUGAAUUCUGUGUACUGGGGCUGGACGCGAGCCAAGAUUCCCAUCGUGUGGACUGACUGUGACCUCUUCUUCAGGGACAGAGCUCUUUAGGAAAUGUGACUCUUCAGUUGCAACCCUGGUGGAUUUCUAGAAACUGACUUUGCAACACUGGUUUCUGCUAAAUGGUGCUUAUCAGUACUGACGUGGUGCUGCAUUUAUGUUCAAGGUUAACUAUGUUUGUCUAUUUUUUUUUUGUUUUGCAAUACUUGUGGUAUGAGGUUUUUUUGUGCAUUCAUAAAAGACUUAAGAUAUUGAAAUCUUGCACUGUUGUCUUUUAGCCACAUCUUAACUGCUAAAAACUUAACUCUGAAAUGUACCAAGACCUUAUAUAAUUGUAUUACUCCUGUUUUCCCCAUAUUAAGGACUGAGAUAAUCUCAUUUAAUACUUGCAGAAUAAUUUCAAUAUCAUAAAGGUUGCUGAGUUACAGGACACCAUCAUCUAUCAUCAUCUGCAAACUCACAGAGGGACGGAGGGGCAGCUAUGUGUCACCCAGGCAGACUGCAACAAACUGAAUACCCCUCACCUCACGCUCCCCUACAGUGGAUGCCUAAAACACAAAAAACGGCUUUUGUCUGGUAAUAGUGGCUACGUUUACAUUCACACUAGCUUUCCAACAUUAUUUGGAAUAUGAAAAUAUUCUGAAUUUGAUACAGAUCAUGUGAAGAACAUAUUCCAUUUGGAAUAUUCCUAAUAGGCCUUAUUCCGAAUAUAGCAUUUUCUAAUUGAAACAUAUGGGAUAUGCCGCUAUUUUUCUUGUUUCAGGAGUAUCUUUGGAUACCUGUGAAGGAAUAAGGUUUUUGCGGUUGUUGAUGACACACAGCCUCCUGCCUGUUAACGGCUCACUGUCAGCUCUGUGGAUUGUAAACAAGCCAGCGAACAUGCUCACAAAGCUGUAGAGAGUUUUGCCUAAUUUGCUGAAGGUUGACAAUGAG